UCUAUUAUUUACCAAAUGGCAAAAAUUAUAUUAUAUUCACAGCCCGCAUUUGUCUGUUGAUUGACGGUUGCUGGUUCCUCAACAAUGCAAAAGCGGCGAAAUCAAUCAAUAAAUGCAGGCUCAUAGGUUCUCCCCAUCUUCCGGUUUUAUCAAAAGACCUCUUUAUCUAUGGAACUUGAUGAUUCGAAGCUCCGUCAAUGGCGGUUUCUUCGCCGAAACUCUCGAAACCUACUCCUUUAUGCGCCACUCUGGAAUUCAUGGUAACAACUUCACUUUUCCUCUCCUCCUCAAGGCCUGCGCCAAUCUUGCUUCGAUUGGCGAUGGCACGAUGCUCCACGCUCACCUCAUCCGCGUCGGGUUCGAAACAGAUAUCUUCGUUCAAACCUCACUCGUGGAUAUGUACUCCAAAUGCUUCGACUUGGCUUCUUCACGCCAAGUGUUCGACGAAAUGUCUAUGAGAAGUGUCAUCUCUUGGAAUUCGAUGAUUGCUGCUUAUUCUCGCGCUUUUCGGGUUAAUGAAGGGUUUAAGCUAUUCCGAGAGAUGUGGGGGUUUGGGUUUGAGCCAAAUUCCUCGACAUUUGUGAGCUUAUUGUCCGGUUUUGCUAACCCAGUUCACGGGUCUCUCUUUCAGUGCCUUCUGAUACAGGGUUGCCUAACAAAGUUUCGACUUCAAAAUGACACGCCCGUGGCAAAUUCUCUCAUGAAAAUGUAUGUAAACUUUGGUCAAAUUGAUGCUGCUCGCUCUGUUUUUUAUGCCAUAGGUGGCAAGACAGUAAUUUCUUGGACAAUAAUGCUUGGUGGAUACUUGAAAUCUGGGGCUGUUGCCGAAGUGUUCAGAAUCUUUAGUCAAAUGAGACUAAAUAAUGUGGUAUUGGAUAAAGUCGUUUUCGUGGACAUCAUUUCCUCUUGUAUACAACUUGGAAAUUUGCUUUUAGCUUCUUCGCUUCAUUCUCUCCUACUGAAAAUUGGGCUCAAUAGUGAGGAUCCUAUUGGCUGCUUGCUUAUUAGCAUGUAUUCAAAAUGCGGCGACCACUUGUCUGCUCGAGCAGUAUUUGAUAUGUUACCUGAAAAAGGCAUCUUCUUGUGGACGUCGGUGAUAAGUGGAUAUGCCAAUGCUGGGUACCCUGGAGAAGCGUUACAUCUAUUUACAAUGGCGACACAGAAUAAUAUUAGACCAAAUGGAGCAAUGCUAGCUACUGCAGUUUCUGCUUGUGCUGAUUCAGGAUCGCUGAGCAUGUGCAAGGAGAUGGAAGCAUACAUACAGCUGAAUGGUGUAGCGGUAGAUUGUCAAGUUUCGACAUCAUUGAUACAUAUGUAUUGUAAAUGUGAAAGUAUUAAGAAGGCAGAAGGAGUUUUUAAAAGUAUGAUAAGUAGAGACCUGGCAGCUUGGAGUGCUAUGAUGAAUGGCUACGCUGUGUAUGGGAUGGGAGAAGAGGCUAUAAAUCUGUUUCAUGAGAUGCGAAGAACCGGAAUAAAACCAGAUGCUUCUGUUUAUGCAAGCAUUUUAUUGGCUUGCAGUCACUCAGGUCUAGUAGAAGAUGGGCUGAAUCAUUUCAAGAACAUGCAAUUGGAUUUUGGAAUAGAACCUACUGUGGAACACUAUACUUGUUUGGUAGAUAUCCUAAGCAGAGCUGGUCAUCUAGAAUUGGCUUUGAACGCAAUUCAAGAGAUGCCUGCCCAAUUUCAAGCUCAAGCUUGGGUUCCUUUUCUCAGUGCUUGCAGGACUUACUGCGAUGUCGAACUUGGAGAAGUUGCAAAUAAAAACAUAUCAGGUUCAAAUCCUGGAAACCCAGUAAAUCAUGUUUUGGUGGCUAAUUUAUAUACAUCUGUGGGUAAGUGGAAAGAAGCAGCUGUAGUGAGAAGUUUGAUCGGUGAUAAAGGUCUGGUCAAAGAACCAGGAUGUAGCCAGCUUUAAAUCCAUGGCCCUACCAAUAUUUUUGUUAGCUACCAGUUCCAUUAUUGAACCUUCAACAUAAGCAGUAAAUGGUAUAUUGCACAUUCCUUAUGGAAACCUUCAUGGGGUUUGGAAAUGAAGGGAGUGGGUGAGCUUGGACGGUUCAUGGUGAGAGGUCGGCUCUUGCCUCGUCAAAGCACGUGACUAUGUACCAAGUGCUGCUUUGAGGAUCGUUAAGAAUCUAGAAGGUUAUGAUGAUAGCUGUUAUGUUUUGAUAAUUGAAUAUAAGAUCACAGGCAGACAUCUUAUAAUACAAGAUUAUAUAGUCUUCCACCAAUUUAUUUUGGUUCUCCCUUGUGCGAGAGCCAACAACAAGAUUUGACUACUUGAUGAAUCGGGAAGCUGAGAGUUACUCUUGCCAAUCCAUGUUCAUUUUUGUGGUUGAUAUGAUGGAAACUUUACUUGUACCUUUACAAUGAUUGCUUGGAAAUUUGGAAUAUUUAAGAAACUGAAGAUUCUUAUGCGGUCCUGGUUUUCUAUGAAACUGAAGAUUCUUACCUGGCCCAUUAUUGUGAAGGAGAAUGUUGAAUCGUAAGUUGAGCUAUUUUAAGAUCCCAGACGAAUCAAGAUCUCUCUUUGAAGAGAUUGCACCCGAACGUAGGUUAGGUUCCAGUUUUUUGAGGAUAAAAACUCAAGCACCACAAAUACUUGGGGAAAAGGUCAUAAUGAUUCUCCAUGGUUUCUCAUUAAGGCCAAAUUGGAGAGAAAAAAAGGAAGAAAAGGAGGUCGAAAACAAUGCUCGAGGGAAGGAAAGAUAGGCAAUUUUUAUGCUCCAUCAGAAGUCGUCAACUUUUAUAAUUAUGAGGGAGGGUGGAUAAGGAAAAAGAUUUGGAUGGCUUCCAGAUAUUAGGCUUCAAUUUCCAAACUGGCAGUCGUAUUAGAAUCCAGUAGAACUAAUGCCUCCCAUUGGCAUGCUGGAACUGGAUUACCAGUACUUGAUGAAGCCUUUGAUGCAUUUGAUAAGUCAGACUGCGGUUGAGAUGAUUCAACGUUCUUU